GUCGGUAAACACCGCUCAGCUGACACAACAUGGAGGAUCUCCCCACGCCGGUCGCGUUCGCUCGCCGCCACCUCUCGCUCGUAACCCGACAAACGCCGAUGAUUUAUUAACUUGGCGACUCAGGUACGCGGCGGCCAAUGCCGACGGUGUACACGGCGUCGCGCUGACCAUGGAGGGAAACCGCGACGAGGCGCUCCGCUGCCUGGGCCUGGCCCGGGCCGCGCUCAGCCGUGGCGAUUCGGAUCGAGGCCGCGUGUUUCUCGCGAAGGCCCAGCGGCUCUACCACACGGCGCAGGCGGCGGCUCUUCUGGUGGAACUGGACAAGGCUGAAUGGAAGAAUCGCCAUUGGGAAAACCAGAGAGCCUUUCACCACCACCACCACUACCACACAGCUCCCUCUGGACCAGACCCUGCCAACCUCCACGGAACCUCUGCCAAAUCCUACCCCAAUUGCAGGACAACUGGGGAGAUAUCUACCGAGCGCAGCUACACGGCUGAACAGUUGUAUGGCGUCCAGAGGAUAAAUGGCUGCAGGAACAUGUACGAAGUCUUGGGUGUCAGCAGGGAUGUCUCGGACGAUGACCUCAAGAAGGCAUAUAGGAAACUGGCACUCAAGUUCCACCCAGACAAGAACCACGCUCCUGGAGCAACAGAAGCCUUUAAGGCGAUUGGCUGUGCGUACUCCCUGCUAAGCAGCGCGGAGAAGCGGCAUCAGUAUGACCUGCGGGCCAACGAGCGAGAGAAGCGCGUGGGGGCAGAGGAUGGGGCCGGUGGUCCGGGUUCUGCGGGACGGGCCAGCCAUGGAGCCAGCUGGGGGGGGAGAUACGCCGGGAGUGGGCGACACAGCGGGCGCCCGCGGUUCAACUAUGAUCCCGACCCAGACAUCUCUCCCGAAGAACUCUUCAACAUGUUUUUUGGUCACGCCUUUCAGAGUGCUCGGAGCCAAGCUUAUGAAAACAACCGGCCUCGUCAGUCGGCACGAAACCCUCCCUCUCCAAACAAGCGUAGUUUGGGUGACAUGACAGGCGUGCUACAGUUUUUGCCACUGGUGCUGCUGAUAGUGGUUUCUGUACUUGGGCAGUUCAUGGUCUCGCGACCCACUUACAGCCUGGCUCCUAAUCCCUCGCUGGGACACACAGUCCACCGGCGCACACAGAGACUGGGCGUGAGUUACUUUGUGGGCGACGACGCGCAAAUUCACACGGACAAGAGGACGCCAGCGGUGGCGGAGAAUGACGACGAGGGAGAUGAGGCGUGGGGUCGGGGCAAAGCCAUCCCAGAGGCAUGGCGACGCUUGGAGCAGAGCGUGGAGGACGAUUACGUCGGAGGACUGCGCUCAUCCUGCCAACGCGAGCGCCAGUACAAAAGCGAACUUCUCUACAAGGCGAAGGUAUACAGGGACGAGCGGUACCUUGCCCUGGCGGAAAGCAUGCGCACAGACAGCUGCGACACACUGGAGCGUCUAAGUCAGCACUUUCGGGGCGGCUGACAUGCCCCGCACGCUCACACGCAGUCCUGCCCCUACCAGACACCCAAGCCAGAUCACACCUCGCAUCCUCUACCUUACCGUGGCAGGGGGACCAGUCGCGCUGCAUUAACAAAUACAAAUUGAAUGUUAAUUUUAUUUUUUGGUGGCAAGAGUUGGGUGCUAGAAAGGUAAGCAAGGUUUACAUGAAAUACAAUUGGUUUCACUGGGUUAUUUUUGCAAAUAGAGUUUGUGCAAUGAAGUUGGUCUUUUGUUAGAUUUCUGAUGGUAAUCUCUCUUGAGCUAACUUGAGCUAACCACACAAGGCAGUAUUGAUAUGUUUUCACCUGUGAUGUGAAAUGAUGAAAGCAUCCUUAUCUCUGGUCCACUUUAAAGCUUAUCAUUGGGUUUGUGUGCAGAUAUGCGAACCAGUCAUUUCCAUGUGCAGGUUUUGGGUGCAUUUGCUUUACGCGUUUAAUGGAAAAGCUACUGUUGACAGCAGUGAAGGAAAUAGUGAUGGUUGAUGUUAACAGUGACUGAGAUGGUGGAGACAUACGUAGUAUUGCUAAGGAUGAUUGUGUUAAAAAAAAAUCUCGUAAAGUAUUCUCCCUUUGUAUAUUGUGUGAAAAUGUCCUUGAAAUCUGUGUGCAUAUUGUUCGUAUUCGUAUUUGACCUCUAUCUUAUUUAUUCCAAUAUCCAGUUAAUUUAUUACAAUAAAUUCUAAUGCACUCA